GAACAUAGCGCACACAGAAUUUUAAGAAGAAAAGUUGGCGGUACUUGCCCUAAUUUUAACGCUAACAGUGACUCACUGACGGCGGCUGGGCUGCUAUAGAGGUCACAACUUUUACUGAUACUUCUAUCAAUCUCUAACAUUCCUUUGUUGCUCAAUCAAUCUCGAUCUGUCCUUAGUGGGUUAACAAUUGUAUUUUUGGGAUUGCCAUCAAGAAUGGAGAUUAAGCUGUUGACUUUCCCGGUCGAUAGCCCUCCUCUUUGUGUGAUUGCCGCUGCUAAAGUUGCCGGGAUCACUUUGCCCUCCGAGGCUUCCGCUUCUGUUCCCACUUUGCUCUUCUCUAAUGGGCACAAAUUGCAUGGGACAUACAUACUUCUUCGUUACAUUGGUCGCGUUGCCACUAUUCCCAAUUUCUAUGGUCAGAAUGCCUAUGAAUCUGCCAAGAUAGAUGAAUGGCUAGAAUAUGCUCCCAUUUUUUCAACUGGUUCUGAAUUUGAGAAUGCUUGCAACUGUGUGGACAAGCAUCUAGAGAGUUGUACUUUCUUGGUUGGGAAUUCUUUAUCAAUCGCAGAUAUAGCUAUCUGGUCUGGUCUUGCAGGGACUGGUCAAAGAUGGGAAAGUUUGAGGAAGUCCAAGAAGUACCAAAAUCUGGUGCGGUGGUUCAAUUCAAUAUCUGCAGAGUUCAGCGACUCCUUGAAUGAAGUGACAGCAACACAUGUUGGCAAGAGAGGCUUGGGAAAACCAAUGACAGCAAAAACGAAAGAGCAACAGAUUGGUAACCAACUGUCAAAGGGUGUAAAUGGAGACACUUCGGAGAAGGGAAAACCAGGCAACAAAUCUACAUAUGAAGUAGAUCUUCCAAAUGCUGAAUUUGGAAAAGUGCGCUUGCGAUUUGCUCCUGAACCAAGUGGGUUUCUUCACAUCGGCCAUUCAAAGGCAGCACUUUUGAAUCAAUACUUUGCUGACCGCUACCAAGGUCAGGUGAUAAUACGGUUUGAUGAUACCAAUCCUGCUAAAGAAAGCAAUGAAUUUGUGGAGAAUCUUCUAAAAGACAUCGCGACUCUUGGUAUAAAGUAUGAAACUGUUACAUAUACAUCAGAUUACUUCCCUCAGCUGAUGGAAAUGGCCGAAAAGUUGAUCCGCGAGGGCAAGGCUUAUGUUGAUGACACCACACGUGAAGAGAUGCAGAAACAAAGGAUGGAUGGUAUAGAAUCAAAAUGCAGGAACAACAGUGUAGAGGAGAAUUUGAAGUUGUGGAAGGAAAUGAUUGCGGGAUCUGAACGGGGUUUGCAAUGUUGUGUGCGUGGGAAGUUGGAUAUGCAAGACCUAAACAAAUCCCUUCGAGAUCCAGUCUAUUACCGCUGUAAUCCAAUUCCCCACCAUCGUAUAGGGUCAAAAUAUAAGUUAUACCCAACCUAUGAUUUUGCUUGUCCAUUUGUUGAUGCUAUUGAAGGUAUAACGCACGCACUUCGAUCAAGUGAGUACCAUGAUCGCAAUGCACAGUAUUACAGGAUUCAAGAGGAUAUGGGGUUAAGGAAGGUUUACAUUUAUGAAUUCAGUCGGUUGAAUAUGGUAUAUACUCUUCUCAGUAAGCGUAAGCUUCUCUGGUUUGUUCAAAACGGGAGGGUUGAUAGCUGGGAUGAUCCUCGUUUUCCCACCGUGCAAGGGAUUGUUCGUAGAGGGUUGAAGGUUGAAGCAUUGGUACAAUUUAUUCUUGAACAGGGGGCAUCGAAAAAUCUCAAUCUCAUGGAAUGGGACAAGCUGUGGACUAUCAACAAGAAGCUAAUUGACCCUGUUUGUCCUAGGCAUACUGCUGUUGUCGAAGAGCGACGUGUUUUGUUGACCCUUACCAACGCUCCUGAGAAACCAUUUGUUCGCACCAUACCGAGGCAUAAGAAGUUUGAGGGAGCUGGAGAUAAGUGUACAACAUACACAAACAGGAUUUGGAUAGACUAUGCUGAUGCGGAGUCCAUUUCAGUGGACGAGGAAAUUACUCUAAUGGAUUGGGGCAAUGCAAUAGUGAAAGAAAUUGUGAAGGACAAGGAUGGAAAUGUUACAAAUUUGACAGGGAUUUUGCAUCUCGAAGGAUCUGUGAAGACCACUAAGUUGAAGCUCACCUGGUUGCCCGAAACUAAUGAAUUAGUUAAUCUCUCACUGUUGGAGUUCGACUAUCUGAUCACAAAGAAGAAGCUGGAUGAGGGAGACGAUUUUCUUGAUGUGCUUAACCCAUGUACAAAGAAAGAGACAGCUGCACUUGGGGAUUCGAACAUGCGAAAUCUGAAGCGCGGUGAGGUUUUGCAGCUGGAGAGGAAGGGCUACUUCAGAUGCGAUGUUCCUUUCACUAGGCCUUCAAAGCCGAUUGUGCUAUUUGCCAUUCCAGAUGGCCGCCAGCAAACUGUGUCAAAGUAGAAAGUUUACAGUUGGGGUGUACCCUUCUGCUUUAAAUGUCGUAUUAAUAAAUUUCAUGGGCGACUGCUAUGUUACUGCAUUACUAUUUGUUAAUAUUAAAACUGCAUUUUUGCUAAAUUGUUUUUAGUUACAUGUGAAGCCGUAUGAUAGACCAUUAAUUACAAAACAAUAUGAAAAGAGAGGGGCACAUGGCAUUGUUUGA